UUUAUCAAAGAAAGGUUUUAGUUGAUGAGAUACUGCUGUAGUCUGUAAAUGUUCCUUUUUUCACAUUUUCUUAGUUAGAAUAUGUUUCAAUUUGAUUUUUCUGUACUCAGGUGUUUUAUUGUAGAUAUGAUUCCUGACUGUUUUUAUUUGUCAGAGCUGAUUCAGAAACCUAGAGAAGUUUCUGCUCAUGGAUGUGAAGAACAGCACCAUGGAGUUAACCUUAUCACCAGCGACUUGUGCAGUCAAAGAAGAACCUGAAGACCCCAAUGGAAAUGGUUUUGUUCAGGAGCUGCUGGUUGAGUCAAUCAACACUCCAGUUACACCUCACUGCAGCAACCAGAGUGAAGAAUGUGUUGGAGACUCAAGGGAUUUAGAAGUACACAAUCCCAAGCACACUGGUGAAAGAAAGUUCAUCUGUACCCAGUGUGACAAGAGAUUCAUCAGAUCAAGCCAUCUGAAGGAYCACCUUUGUGUCCACACUGGAGAGAAGCCUUAUGCUUGUACCCAGUGUGAGAAGAGAUUCACCCAGUCAAGCAGUCUGAAAAGGCAUCAGCAUGUCCACUCUAGAUAAAAGUCCUUCUUUUGGUAGAUAUUCUGGUGGACUGAAACAUUUGUUUUACUGUGGACUUGAAUGUUUAUCAGAAAUGUAAAAUAAAGCAUCUAAAAAUGUUA